GAGGCGCCCCCUGGCGGCGGGACGGAGCGGCGGUGUCAUGGCGGAGGUGGGCGCGCACCUCACGGCCGCCCCGGCCGGCGGGGACCGGCCGUCCGUGUUCGAGGCCGUGGCCCAGGACAGCUUGAUGGCCGCCGUGAAACCCGCCCUGCAGCACCUGGUCAAGGUGCUUGCUGAGUCUAAUCCUGCCCGAUAUGGUUUCCUCUGGCAUUGGUUUGAUGAGAUCUACGUCCUUCUGGAUCUGCUGCUCCAGCAGCACUACCUGGCCAGGUGCAGCGCAUCCUUCUCUGAGAACUUCUAUAGCUUGAAGAGGAUCCCCAUGGGAGAUGGCAGACAGCAAUCUCUGGCCACACUUGGCCUGCCAAAGAGGCAGCACUGGAAGUCUCUGCUCCUGCUGGUUCUGGUUCCUUACCUGAAGGGAAAGCUGGAGAAGCUGGUGUCCAGCCUGAGGGAAGAGGAUGAGUACUCCAUCCACCCUCCCUCAUCAUCCUGGAAGCGCUUCUACAGAGCCUUUCUAGCUGCCUACCCCUACGUAAACAUGACCUGGGAGGGCUGGUUUCUUAUCCAGCAACUGGGCUACAUCCUGGGCAAGGCUGAGCAUCAUUCCCCCAUGCUGAAGCUGGCUGGUGUCCGCCUGGUCAGACUGACUGCAGAGGAUAUCCAGGCCCUGGAGAAGAAAUGGGCUGAAACCACCUCAAGUGAAACACACAGCUUUACCUCACGAGUGCAGUCAGCCCUGAGGAGAGCCCUGGGUGGCAUUGCCUUCUCCCUGUCCACCGGCCUGUCCGUCAGCGUGUUCUUCCUCCAGUUCCUGGACUGGUGGUACUCCUCGGAAAACCAGGAGACCAUCAAGUCCCUGACAGCGCUCCCCAUGCCCCCACCCCCCGUGCACCUGGAGCAGGAGCCCAGCUCAGCUCUCCUGCCCAGCCUGAAGACCGUGUGCCCUCUGUGCCGCAAGGUCCGCGUGAACGCCACGGCCCUGGCCACGUCCGGCUUCGUGUUCUGCUACCGCUGCGCCUACGGCUACGUGAAGGCUCACCAGCGCUGCCCGGUCACAGGCUAUGCCACAGAGCUGCAGCACCUGGUCAAACUCUACUCCCCUGAGAGCUGAAAGGCUCCCAGGAGCAUCCAGCACUUCUUUCUGCAUCCCAUGGAAGGCUUCAGACCGCCGUGCUCAUCGGUGAGCUCCACAGCGCCUUUGAACUCGGUGGUUCAUCAGCUUUGCUGCCUUUGCACAUUCUGGCAAGGCUCUGCCCUUUGUUGAUAAGCUGUUCAAACAUCGUGGCAGUUGCAGAGGGAUCACACAGCCCCAGCCUGACAGCCAGUACAGAAAUGCCUUAAAAGACCAGCUGAAAGGGAGGAAACAUUGAUUUGGAUAAGAGGAAUGCAGAUGUGAGGAUCAAAAACCAGCACUGGUCCUGCAUGAGGGCAUGAGCCAGCAAAUUAAAGAGGUAGGGAAAUUCUCCAGGCAGAUUUUUCCUCCCUGGGCAUCUUCCCAGGUCCUUGUGCUGCUCAGGGUGAGUUCUGGCUUUGUCAAAAGUGGAGAUAGGCUUAAACCUCUGCUCUUCAGUCUCCUGCAUUUUUAGGCUCUUCACCUCAGAAUUGAGAACAUCACCCUCCUAAUUCCCAUCAACGGUUCUAAAUUAAGACUUUUGACUCUUUAAAGUCAAUCAUGGAAAGAGGAAUGUGACAUUUUCUGCGCAAGAGAGAAAAUGACAAAACAGAUUAAAAAACUGCCAGCUGAUGAGACUGGUUUAUUGGUAAAUAAGUCUUUGCAUUCAUUAUUAUCUGCUUUUAUAAAGCAAAGUUCUGAUUGAGAACCUAAUUUAAUCCUUUUCUGGUUAUUGGAAAAACAGUUUCCUCCUCUGGGGGUUCUAAUUACAUAAGAGAGACAACACUAAGGCUGCUUUCACCUUUCCACAUGAUGAUAGUAGAUGUAAGAUUAGCACUUUGUAGGCUGAGGAUCUUUAAUGUCCAAGCAUUACAUUGCAAUUAUUCCAGCCCCAGCCAUGUAGAACAUUCAUAUCAGAACAAAACUUCCUUCCACUGAGCACAGGAGGAAAGAAAACCUGUGUGACAUGGUUGGCUCUUGCUUGACACCUGAUUUUUCAGGAUGGAAGGUUGUUUUUCUGACUCUAGGGAGCAGCAGUGCUCCAGAUAUCACGGUGACAGUGCUUGGAGAGCACAAGAGCAAAGUUUGCUGCACAAAGUACAGGACCCCACUCUGCUCUUUCCAGAUUAAGAGACACCUUCUAACAUUUAAUCCACUGAGCCAGGUGUCUCAUUUUCCCUCCACUUUAGCUCUGUUUCAGAAGAUAAGAAUCUCCAAUAUCCUCCUUCACCUGUAAGCAAGAGAGCAAGGUUAUUGAAUAAUGUGGGGAAAUGCAGUCAUUUGAAUCUCCCCAAAACACCUAAUAAAUGAGAUUUGUUCCUGAUGCUUUAUUAUCUCUGUAUCCCUGACCCUUCUACUUUGCCACUAUGGAAUAAUAGAAACUGUCUCAUUUUUCUCUUCUCCAGUA